UUUUGUGCUGACGUAAUGCACACUGAAAGGGGAUUCCACACACACAGGCUAAUUACGUCAGUACACACUGCAAGUUUUAAGAGUACAGGUCGAUCUCUGGAAUAAUCCCCCAUCGCAAUUGAAAUUAUAUUAGCUCUAACAUUUAUCAGAGACCAUCAAUGCAAUGCUGCUUUUCAGACAGUGUCAUAGCCUUACCAGGGUUGGUCUUCGCAAGACUCAAAGGUUGCAACGACCACUGGAGGCAGUCCCUCCAGUGUUGGCAUGUGCAGGCAGCCUUUCUUCCCGAUGGGGCAGCAGCCAUGGUGGGCAGGAGUCAGGGGAGCAGUCCCAGCGUGCACAUGGCCCAAACUGGAGACAUGCCUUAGCAGGACUGCUAGCAGGGACAGGAGCCGUACUGGCAUAUGGACUCAACCACAACCAGGCUGAGCGUGCAGCUACCUCUACAACGAUGCAGCCGAUAAACCAAGAUUCAUCACAGCCCAUUUACUCCCAGGAUGAGGUCACCAAGCACCGUUCCUUGGAGGAUGGUGUUUGGGUUACCUACAAGGGCAGUGUUUAUGACAUCACUGAGUUUGUGUCCAUGCACCCUGGUGGGGACAAGAUUAUGCUGGCUGCAGGUGGAGAUUUAGAGCCCUUCUGGGCGUUGUAUGCCGUACACAGCCAGGACCACGUGUUGGAGAUUCUUUCAGAGUAUAAGGUGGGUGAGCUGAGUGCAGAGGACCGGCAGCAGCAGCAGAGCGUGGUCUCCUCAGACCCUUACUCCAGCGACCCUGCCCGCCACCCCGUCCUGCACAUUAACAGCCUCAAGCCCUUCAAUGCUGAGCCUCCUCCCGAGAUCCUCUCUGACAGCUACAUCACCCCUUCUACCAUCUUCUUUAAGCGAAACCACCUCCCUGUGCCACGCGUGGACCCAGCCUCCUACCGACUUCAGGUAGAAGGGCUGCCUGGAGGUGUACUGAGUCUCUCUCUGGAGGAGCUGAAGACACGCUUUCCUAAGCACUCUGUCACCGCCACGCUGCAGUGUGCAGGCAAUCGCCGCUCUGAGAUGAACAAGGUCAAGCAGGUGAAAGGGCUGAACUGGGGCAUUGCUGCCAUCAGUAAUGCUACGUGGAGUGGCGCAAAGCUAAAGGAUGUGCUACGGGCUGCUGGCUAUGUGUCUGAAGUAGCCAGCUGGGCUUGUCAUGUGCAGUUUGAGGGGUUGGACAGCGAUGUGACAGGCACCACCUAUGGAGCAUCCAUCCCACUGAACAAGGCAAUGAGUGAGGAAGGUGACGUGCUACUGGCCUAUGAGAUGAAUGGGGAGGACCUCCCUGCUGACCAUGGCUACCCUGUCAGAGUUGUGGUGCCAGGCACGGUGGGUGCUCGCAACGUGAAAUGGCUGGGCAAGAUUGUGGUGAGUCCGGAUGAGAGCAACAGCCACUGGCAGCAGAAUGACUACAAGGGUUUCUCCCCGGGCACAGACUGGGACACAGUGGACUUUAAGUCAGCCCCAGCCAUUCAGGAACUUCCUAUCCAAUCGGCCAUAACCCAACCGGCAGAGGGCACAGUGGUGGACCGUAGUGCUGAAGAGGUGACUGUGAAGGGCUAUGCCUGGAGUGGAGGUGGCCGGGAGGUGGUACGGGUGGAUGUGUCUCUGGACGGGGGAAAGACGUGGCAGGUGGCCCAACUGAGGACCAAUGACAAGGGACAGGCCCCAGCUCCCACACCUCCUCCAGGCCAAGCCUGGGCAUGGAAGCUGUGGGAGCUAACGGCCCCCCUUCCCCCUGAUGCCCAGGAACUGGAAAUUGUAUGCAAGGCAGUGGACAACAGCUACAACAUGCAGCCAGACUCUGUGGCACCCAUCUGGAACCUGAGGGGUGUGCUGAGUAACGCCUGGCACAGAAUUCAUAUUGGUAUCAGAGAUGAUUAUGAGGAAGACGACAUUUAGAGAUUCCAGUCUGGGUUGUGACUGGUUUAAGUCCCUGUGUCCCUGUGAGCUGCCAGUUGAUCGGGACAGCUUGACAGAACCCACUGCUUUUUCUACAUGUAGGUGGAAGAAUAAUAGUGGGAUUUUCUUUGAGCAAGACAUGAACUGUUAAGGUGCCUUAUCUAAUGAUUUUAGUUAUUAGUUUUAAUUUAAUGAAAUUAGUUACUUUGGUUAAAUACAUUUUUUGGUGAAAAACCAAGCAAAGGUUUCCCAUUGAUUCACUCAAGGGAUGUUGAAGUUUAGGCUUUGAUGUCAUAAAUGCAUAUAAUUUAUUUUAAUUUGAUGUGGCAGUAUCAUCUACAUAAUCCUGAGAAUAUUACAAAAAUGUAUAUCUAGACAUAAUAAGAAAAAUUUGAGGACCAAAAGCAUUUGGCUCAGAUCAUAUCUGUUUUAAGAUGUUAUAAUCUGAAGCAUUUUGCAUCGAUGAUUUCAAUCUGUAGCAUUCAGGUACAAUCUUGUUUAUGGUAUUCAAUAGCAAAAAGGUAUUUCAAGAGCUAUAUUUUCAAUAACUAAAUCAUUAUUUUGCACACUAUACUAAAUUAACCAGUGAAACAGCUUUUUAUGUGAAUGUAUAUUCACGUAUAUUGAAUAAACAUUUUCUCCAGUUUGA